AUGAACUCUUCAGAGCUAUUGAAGGUCAUACGACAGGAUUUGUUCCUGCCAAAAGAAUUGUUCUCUUGCGAGUUUGACCAAAGAGCAGGACAUUAUAUCUACGGCAUUGGAUAUUCAAUAGCGGAUGAUGCAUCAAUGCUAUCCUGCGGAUGUUGCAUAGCGGAGUCGCUAUUCGACGCCAUAAAAGACGCCACACACAACGAACUAAUCUAUUGUCCAGUUUGUAAAAAUAAGAAUGUAUCGAUGGUAGGGCCUGUUAAACCGUUGCGAUGUCUGUAUGACCAAUUAAAUGGGUUUGAAGACUCAAUAAGCACCUCUUUGGAAACAGUCAAGUUGCAGGAGGAAAACAUUGAGCGAGGUGGGAACAAGCCAGAAGGUACCGAGGAAAAUAGUACUCUUCCGGUUGAAGAAGCUGCAAUGUUUACUGAGUACAAAAAUAACGACAUACCGGAGAAGACACUAGAGACUGACCAAGUGGAUUCAAAGAAACUUGAUGCGAGCAACCAGCAAACCACCCUACUUAACCUUUUUUUCAAAGUUGCUUCUAAAAUGAAUAGCGAGAAUACACCGGACGAUACCACUACCGAAAGACCAAUCAAUACAGAUGCAAAUCCUCAAUACCUGACACACAGUACCACUUUAGAAACUGAAAAUAAGUCGGAGAUGGUUAGCUUAGCUAAUAAAUCUAAUACCAUUAUCACAGAACGGUUAUCACAGGAAUGUAAAAAACCAGAAUGGCAUAAAGAUCAUACUGCACAUUUCAAUGAACCGGUGGUUCCCAACAUAUCGUCAAAUCUGGAUGAAAAAAAGAAUCGUAUUUUGCUAGCUGUUUCCCACUUUAUAGGAAACGAUCUGUUUUCAAGACGCACUCCAAGUUCCUCAAAAACUAAAUCAAAACUAUUUAUCAACUCCGCCAUUUCUCCCAGUUGUACCAAAUUUGCAUUGAUAGAUAAACAUAAGUGGGAAGUAUUUUCAAUCCCUGCAGAUAUCGACAAAUAUCCGCCUAAAUUACUGUUCUGUGGUCGCAAUACGGGAGAGGUCGGGAAGUCAUUUGAAAAGCUGGAACUCUCCAAAAAAAACUUAACAGCAUUAGCAAAUUCAGAAGUACUAAGUGGAGAUUAUGUGUUCUGCACAUUAUCCGAUGAUUUACUGAUUAUUUCAGAUACCAAUAAUUCGCUAAGGGUCCACGAACUGACGGAAAAGGGAAGCCUGAUCCAUUUCUAUGCUUCUAAAUACCCUUUGCGCUGUAUUGAUAUUGAUCAUGGAGGUACACUGAUUGCCUGCGGAAUUACCGGAAGAGAAAGAAAGACCAACACAGAGCAGGCAUUGAUUACAUUACACCGUAUUAACGUGAAUAAACAGACAGGUCUAUAUGUGUUUCCUGCACCACUGACGAUAGCUCUGCCGUACCGCGAUCCGAUCAACACAAUCAAUUUAUCACACGACGGUCUUUACAUUUCGUGUUCAACAACGAUGGAAUCUCGAUUUUUGGUCAUUUCGUUAAGAACCCUCAAUGAACCGAGAUUGAUAAUGAAAAGUUUGAGAUCAAUCGACACGUCUUUAGAGUCAGAAGGGAUAACAGACACGAAGUUGUUUCCAGGGAACUUUAAUCUCAUGUGUGUCACUUCCACUGCCUUUAAUUCUCCUCCUAUCAUUAUCAACACAAAAAUCGAAGAUAUAAGCGAAUUAAGGAGUGUUGCUCAGCCUUCUUUGUUAACAAAAAUAGUGGAACUAGGUUCCAAGAUUCAUCGUUGUGAGAUAUCACCUAGGAACGAUUCUAUAGCGUUUCUCGAUAAAAAUGGUUCGGUUUAUAUAAUGUCCGCACCAACAAUGAUUGAAGACGAAACGAAACGGAUAGUUCUAGUUGACCUUGUUGCGGAUGCUUAUAGAGCUCACGAGUGUGCCUCAAUGCGGUUUAACUCUUCAGGACAUAUCCUCUACAUACUGGAUCGUAAAGGUGUGCUUUACGUAGAAGAUUUUGCCUACGAUCUGCCACAAAAUCCCGAGGUUUCAAAAUGUAAGGAAUUAUAG